GGUGUGAUAUAUAAUGGGAAAGGCCAUGUUUACGUUCCCAAGAAUACCACGAUAGUGGAGUCUUUAUGGAGUUCCGUGCCAUACCCACUUUGCUUUCUCUAGAAUGAUGCAGAAUCUCUGUCUUCACACUAAGCAAAAGCAGAGAGAUUGAUCUGUAAAUCACAAGACAGUAUUCUCCGUAAAACCGAGUCUCUCGGCGAUCUAGAGUGAGAUAGAGAUUCACGAUGGGCACUAUUUCAGAUAGCCCUUCUUUGUCUCUCUCUUCUCCUUCUUAUACUACUUGUAACAGUCGCUCUUCUGUUCCUACCACCUUCUCCACUCGCAUAUUCUCCGAUGUUGCGGGUGACAUCACUGUUGUUGUCGAUGGGGAAUCAUUUCUACUUCACAAGUUUCCGCUAGUAGCUCGGAGUGGAAAGAUUAGGAAAAUGGUGAGAGAUCUCAAGGACUCUUCUUCCAUCAUUGAGCUCAGAGAUUUCCCAGGUGGACUUACGACGUUCGAACUCGCCAUGAAGUUCUGUUACGGUAUUAACUUCGACAUCACUGCCUUCAACGUGGUCGCUCUUCGUUGUGCUGCUGCUUAUCUUGAGAUGACUGAGGAGUAUAAAGAAGAUAAUCUGAUCCUUCGAGCCGAGAAUUACCUCGACCAGAUCUUUUUUCGUAGUCUCCACGAAUCUGUCCAAGUGCUCUGUUCUUGUCAGACGCAAGAGAUGGCUGAAACGUUUGAAAUUCCUGACCGGUGCGUGGAGGCCAUCGCCAUGAAUGCUUGUAGAAAACAAUUAGUAUCAGGCUUGUCAGAGGAACUGAAGGGGAGAGAUUGUCUUGAGCUGUGGACCGAAGAACUCUCUGCUCUCGGGAUUGAUUACUACUCCCGAGUUGUAUCUGCAAUGGCGAGAUUAGGCGUGCGGUCAGAGAGCAUCGUCGCUUCUCUAGUGCAAUACGCUAAAACAUCAUUAAAUGGUACCAUCAAGCGAAACUGCCAGGAGCAGAGGAAAAUAGUUGAAGCCGUGGUUACACUUUUGCCCAAUGAAGAAAAAGGAUGCUAUUUGUUAUCAAUUAUUCCUCUCAGUUUCCUUUUUGGAAUGCUAAAGGUCGGAACUAUAAUAGAUAUAGAGAUCUCUUGCAGGCUGGAACUCGAACAUAGAAUCGGGCAUCAGCUAGAGGCCGCGUCUCUCGAUGACCUGCUUAUACCUUCUGUCGAAAACGACGAUUCACUGUAUGAUGUGGAUACUGUCCAUAGGAUACUCACAUUCUUUCUUGAGAGGAUCGAGGAAGAAGAUGAGGAAUGUGGUUACGAUUCGGAUUCCACGGGACAGCAGAGUUCGUUGCUAAAAGUGGGACGGCUCAUGGAUGCUUACUUGGCUGAGAUCGCACCGGAUCCAUACCUGAAUCUACUCAAGUUCACGGCCAUCAUAGAGACGUUACCCGAACACGCACGUAUCAUAGACGAUGGGAUCUACAGAGCCAUUGAUAUUUAUCUCAAGAAUCAUCCGUUAUUGACAGAAGAAGAAUGCAAGAAGCUAUGCAAAUUCAUCGACUGCAACAAACUUUCAGAAGAAGCAAGCAACCACGUGGCACAAAACGAUCGGCUUCCAGUGCAAAUGGUGGUUCGAGUGCUUUACUCGGAACAGAUGAGACUGAAGAAAGCUCUGUCGGGAGGAUCAGAAGAAGGGUCGUGGGUACUGUCGUCAGGGGUACAAAGCCGAGCGGUUUCGCCAAGAGACACGUAUGCAUCGUUGAGGAGAGAGAACAGGGAGCUGAAGCUGGAGAUAUCGAGGAUGAGAGUGAGAGUGAGUGAGAUAGAGAAAGAACAUAAUUUGAUGAAACAGGAGAUGAUGGAGAAAUCUGGUAAUAAUGGAGGAACCUUCUUGAUGUCGCUGUCCAAAGGGAUUGGGAGGAUUGCGAUGUUCGGCGGAGAUAACCGGCGAAUGAAUAACCGGAAAUCGAGGUCGGUAUCGGAGAGAAAGCCAAUUAGAAAGGGUAGUUAAAAACGUCACCGUUUUCUAAGGAGUUGCUGUCAAUACAAAGACAAGUCAUGUGUAGCGGGAAGUAUAAUGGGCCGGAAGGAGUGUGAAGUAGGCCCAUUAAAGAACAAAGGAGGGUAUCGUUUUCAGCCAAUAAAAACAAGGAAAACAUGGGAGUAAAUGGGGUCGCGUGACUCGCGUUCGAGCCGUCUUUGUCCAAUUGUCCAUAAAUCCGAUUUUUCUAAAACUAAAAUAUGUAUUAAAACUGUUAAUAUGUGUUGUUAAGUUGUUACUAGUUGGUUGUUGUUACGUUUUGGCUAAGGUUAUAAUGUA